GGCAUCUUUUUUUUCUAGGUUUGGGCAUUUGAAGCCAUUCCUCACCUCAGGCAUCAAGUCAAGGAAUACUCCAAAGAAGUUACCUAUCCAAGAAUUCUUAGAUGGCUCACUGCCAGGAACAACACAAAAUUGAGUGUUGAUCUUUUCAACCCCCCUAAGGAAGCUGUUGUGAACCCAUGGCUUGUCCCAACAAUAAGAGAGUUGGAGAUGCCAUGCCUUGUCACCUUUGUGCCCAUAGAAUCUGUGCCUGACAGACUGAUUGAUGGGUUCAAAGGGGAAUUGGCUGGAGUGACAGCCAUCACUAGGGUUGAUGAUGUUGUAGCUGGUGGUGGUGGUGAUGUUGCUGGUAGUCAUGUUGUUGUUGGUGCUGGUGGUGAUGUUGCUGUUGAUGCUGUUGGUGGUGCUGAUGCUGUUGGUGGUGGUGUUCAUCCUGUUGAUGUUAUUGGUGGUGGUGGUGGUGAUGAUGUCCCAGCAAGUAUUGCUGGGGAAAAAUUAAGAGAUGAUGAUGAUAAUAUUGGUGGAUUUACCCCAGUUCCUGGAUUGAGUGAUUUUUCCGGAUUUGGUGGUAAUUUUAGUAGUGGUGGAUUGAGUGGUAGAAGAUUUGUUGAUGUUGGUGCCGGUACUUCUAAGGUGCCCUCAUGUGCUUGUGAGUGCACCACUUGCAAGGACAAAAUGGAUAAUUUGAUUAGAAAGGUGGAGGAAUUGGUGCAGGCCCAAGAAGCCACAAACACUUCUAUGCAGAGGUUGAUAUCCAAGAGGGGUAUCAAACCAUCAAAGAAUCUUUCCUCACCUUAUACUCCUGUUCAUGCUCGGAGGAGGGGCAAAGCAAUUGCCAAGGCACUUGCAUCAGUUAGAUCAAGAAGAUCUGUUGCUACUCCUAGUAAGUCAAUUGAGACUCCUCUUCUUGAUGUUGGGCCAAAAGUGCUAAAAAAGGUGGACAUUUUCAAGCCUGUACAUGCCCAAAGAAAGAAAAAGGUUGAGACUGCAAUCAAGUCCAAAAAGAGUGGGAGAACCAUGUACUCAAUGCAUGAAUUUGGAGCAGCAGACUUCAAGGCUCUGACAAGCAUGGAAAUAUGGUGGGAGGAUUGGUAUGUAGAUGAAGUCCUGCUUCUAAUGCGUAUGAGGCAAAUCAAUUUUCCCGAGUACUAUGAUUCCACUGACAUAAUCCUGGACCUCAACUUUUACAACAACAUGUCCAAGAGGUACGCAGAAUUGACAAAAGAGAGUACAGUUCCAAAUGUCGUGUCUCUGAAGGUUAGACUUGCUGAAUUCAAGUGGGAUGAUGAUAUGGUCGAUUAUUGUAGGGGUGUCAGACCCUACCCGGGAGGCUGCUCGUGGGCUGGUGCAAAGAGGGUUUUAACAGUGAUGAAUAUUAAUGCCACACAUUUUGUCAUUCUCGAGUUCAUGAUUGAAGAGAGAGUGGUAAAUGUGUAUGACUGCAACGUUCCUGUCUAUGAAGAAUCUGAUUUCUUUUGUUUCAUGGAGCCGGUAAUGGAAUUGUGGCCCAAGUUAUUGCAACAGAGUGGAAUGUUCGCACACUUGCCUGCAAAGUUACUCAAUGAAUCGUGGGAAUUCAAUAGGCUACAGAAUCUCCCCCGCAAUGUCACUGGUAAGGCAUGUGGUUCGUGGUCAAUUGCUUUUAUGGAGGCUUCGCUUACCGGCACAACUGUGACAAAACCCGAAAGUCUAAUCAGCGACAACUCUGUAGGGAGGAUGCAAUGGAGAUGGGCAUUAGGUGUCAUUGAAAAGGUGUUAGAGCCUUAAGAUGGGUUGAUAAACAGUUCAUUGAUUUUGCAUUUUUUGGAGCCAAAAUGUGGCCUGUUGAACAAUUUAAGUAUAUAUUAGGAGUUUUUUUAUGACAUUAUGUAAUU